GGGGCGAUGGCGAAGCGGCUGGUGGCGCGGAUGAUGGGGAUGUUCCGGUCCCGGACGCAGGUGGGCGUCGACAGGGCCGGCAACAACUACUUCUCCCUCGUCGAGGAGGUCGACGGCGCCAUGAAGGAGAAGCGGUGGGUGGAGUUCAAGGGCGACCAGGACCCGACCACUGUUCCAGUUGAGUGGAUUUGCUGGUUGAAUGGACAAAGGAAGAAAGCCCCCACACCAGAGGAAUUGGCUGAGCUGGAGGCAAGGCGUGAGCGUGUCAGGCAAAAUGUUGAACUUCUCAAAAAGAAAGAAGAAGAGGAAAGAAGGGCUGGUGUCCGACCAGUCAAGAAAAUCGGGAAAACCGAAUCUCCAAAUCUGAGAAGUUUUACGCAGCAGUUCCCUGGUACUUCUGUAGAUCAAAAGAAAGGACCUGAGUCUAAGCCUAAUGGUCCGACUGAUGCAGAAGAUGCCACAACAGAUAAUGACAGGUCUACCGAACCAACAGGUACCGGUGCAUCUUUUAAGCCAGGAACUUGGCUGCCACCAUCAUGAAUACAAUCCAGCAGAGGAAGGGCCAAUGCUCGACCAUUUCCUUUGGCCUAUCUGCUGACAGCAGCUUUGCUGAUAGGUUCUCCUAAGAUUAUGCUCACCUUUACCAUUUGAUACGAGAAAUGGGAAAUUUUGUAUGCUGUGCGACAAUCAGACAACGUAUGUUUGCUAUCUGUUAAAGUUCAGUGAGGCCUCACCUCGCUUGGCAGCACCUGUGUUUUUUUU